AUGUCUUCUCGCUUGAAUAAUUUUUGGGAGAUGCACAGAAAGGGAAAAUAUUUAAAGGAAGAAAAAUUGGAUCUCAUUAAAUCCGUCAAAGAUGGUUUCAACAUGUUUCCUAAAGAAUUAGCAAAAUUAAAAAACGAAAUUGUUCAUUUUUGCAGACAGGAUGCUGUCUGUGGCACCUACCACAAUGAUUAUGAGAUAUUGUGGAAGUUCGAUAAACCAGAGUCUCUACAUGAUUGGAUUGUUACAUGUGACAGUGAUCAUAAUGAGGGUAAAAGUACUGCGGAUUUCAUAAUAAAUAAAAACAAGAAAGCCUUUUUCUAUGGCAACCUUGAUGUUGAAACUCCUAAAGAUGGCAUCACAAAAAACAGUGGUUACUGCAACAUUUCCUCGCCUCAUAACAUGUUGUCAUUUGGUCGAGUGAAGCCGUACGAUUGGAGUGCAUACACCCACCUACUUAUGAAGGUGAGAGGGGAUGGACGCACGUACAACUUGGUCCUCAACAUGAACAGGUAUUGGGACGUACAAUGGAAUGAUGCUUACUUCUUUCUUCUCUACACAAGGGGUGGCCCUUACUGGCAACUCUCCAAGAUUCCUCUUUCCAAGUUUUUUUUGAGUUCUAAAGGAAGAGUUCAAGACAAACAGGAGGCAAUUCAAAAAGGAGAUAUUUUAAGGUUUGGCAUUACAAUAGCAGACAGCUAUCCUGGUCCUUUUGGUUUAGAAAUUGAUUUCAUAGGCUUAGUGAAUGAUACAACUCAUAAAUCUGAGUUUGAUUACGAAAUGUACGAAGUUGCACCUUACUUAAUGUCAUAG